AUAACGCGCCUGCCCCCAACGCUCAGAGGCUGCUGCUUUUUUCUCCAGAUUGCUGUGUACUUGUUUGAGGUCCUGUUGCUCUCUGCCAGACUCUGCGCUCUUCUUUUGUGUGGAGAUCGACAUUCACAUGUGGAAACAAAAGUGGAUUUAACAGAAACACUGUGAGAUGCUGCUGUUGUCCCAGAGGCCGGACGCGCCCCGGACAGAACCCCUGUUGCCCGGGUCUGUGAAGAGGACCCUGGCUGUGGCUGACGGUCCCUAUACCACCGUCGGCCCGGGUGCCAGCAAGAGGCCAUGCUUGGAAGAUGUGGCGUUGGCAAAGAAUUUCGGCUGUGAGCAGCCCAACUUCUCCUCUGGGCCUGCUGUCGGAAGUCAUGGGGUGGGAGGUCAGGGUGGAGUUCUAGAAACCAGUAGCCUUGCCUCCUUGUACCCUGUCCCAAGCAAAGCCAGCCCAGCGCCACUGCCGGGUGUGGGGGCAGCACGUGGUGCCAUACCCCCUCCCUCUGUGGAGCAGGAGCUGCAGGACAUCCUGGAGGAGCUGACGAGGAAUCCCGACCCUUCCCUUCCAGAGCUGGAUCUGGAGAAGAUCCUGGGGAGCAAGGCGGACGAGUCGCUUGGCACCGCAGGUGGCUUCAUGCACCCUGAGGCCGGCGGCACACCCAAGCGCUCGACACCUGGGCCCUCUCACCUGGAGAGCCAGCUAACUCGCUCCCCAGGCUUCCCGCAGGCCCCCGGUGCCAGCUCUCCCCGGCUGAGCUCCAGUCCGGGAGGGCCCCGCUAUACCCUGCCGCCCCACUUGGCCAAGAAUGCAGCCCCCAGCCAGACCCCAGCUUGCUCACCCAUGCUGUCGGGGGCUUCGUGCAGCAGACCUGGUUCUGGAUGGCGUGAUGCAAACCGGUCCCAUCAGCCACAGGCCCAGCCCUUCUGCCCGGAAAAGCUGAAUAGCCCCGCUUUAGCCCCACCCACCUUCACCUCCCAGAGCUCCCAGUCAAGCUUCUUGUCUGGCACGGCCCCCUCACCCCCACUCCAGCAGCCCUCCCCGGCCUGCAGCUUCGGCCCUCAGAACGGCGGUGGCAACCAGCUCUUGAAGUCCGUGAUGCAGGCGGGUCAGAAUGCUAGCGCUGUGGGAGCGGAGCCUUAUUCCCUCAACAACACUACACCUCUGCGGCACUAUGACCAGGAUCUCGCUGCUUCUAGGCUGGGCCCCCUGCUCCGGGGAAAUGCCCCCCCGGGCCACUACGCCACCCCCUCUGCAGGUGCAGCAGGAAACGCUCAGGUUCUGCAGCCGCACCAAGUCCAGAGGAGCCUGCAAUCAGGAGGAGUGGCACCCCACAGCAGAGCGGAUCAGAAUGCUGGCGGUGCAGCGAGCCUCCAGAACCCCGGUUCCGUGGCGCGAUCCGGUCAGGGCAGCGGCUUCAGCCUGCUGAAGACCCAGUUGCUGAGGAAGCAGCUCAUGCAGCAGGAGAAGCAGAGGAGCAUGGAGCAGAUUAAUGGGACCCAGAUGUCACACUGCCAGCAAGUGGCUUCAUUUCAAGGUGUGAGGCGAUCGCUCCCCCCGGGGUGUGGCUACACCAUGAGAACUCCAGCAUCCGACCCCCCGAGGCUCACCCACAAUCCCGCCUUGCCUACCCGAGUGGGCUUAGCCCCAGAGGGCUCCCUUGCCCCCUCUAGUUGCACUUUGGGGACCUUCCUGGGCAACAUGGGUUCCAAGGAAGUAGUCUGUCUCCGCUCUCAAGAGUUUAGGGUGCCCCAGCGAUCUGGGCCGGGAGUGCUGGGAUUGGACACAGCUCCUCGGCAGACCGCACCUUACUGCCAGCCCCCAGCACAAGCCGGGGUGUCGAGCCCCUCUUUCGCUGCGAGAUCCCUGCAGCCACUUCCUCCGCAGCAGCACCUCAGACUCCCCAUGCAGCACAGCAGCUCUGUCUCCUGCGGGCUCUUUGGCUCCCAGCAGAAGUCGCAACUGUGGCGGCGGCAGCAGCAGCAACAGCAGCAUGGGCUUCUGCGUACGAGCUCUGAGGGUCAUAUGGACCCAGGACUACAUCAACACACCUUCCCAGCAGGGGGCACUGCUGUAGGAGUUGCUCAGUUCCCAAGUACUAUUCCCCACCAGACAGGUGGCCCUCCCCCCAACCAAGUGGGCCUCAGACUCCCCAGCAGGCCUGCGGGACACCUAAUGUCCAGCAACCAGCCCCGGGGUCCACUGCCAUCCGUAGGUGUGGUGAAUCCCUGUCCCUCCCAAGGAAUGGCCCCGCCAACCUACUCCAGCGCUCCUGGCAAACACACCCCCGCUCUUGGGUACAACAGUGGCAACCCUGGACAGGAACUUCCUCCCUACAAAUUUCCCCAUCCUCCAGGCAACAACCGCUUGAUCGGAGGGUGUGGUGGAGUCCAGGGGGCCCUGGAGGGGGGAGCCAACACAGUAGAUUUCAUAGACACACUGGUGGGUCCCCGAGAGGACUGGCUGAACAAUUUUACCAUGAUUGAUAAGUACCUGGAGCAAAACACCUAGGCUGGGUCUGUGUGCUGGAUGGGGCAGAUCUCAGCGUGCAGGCUUGGCUACCCACGGCAUUAGGCCAGUACAUUUACUCAUUUAGCUUUUCACUCUUUUUUAGCAAAUCUUACUCUGUCAAGUUACCUACAGCUACUUCCCAUUUAUACAGCUGGGUAGUUUUUACUGGAGCAGUUUAGGAUAAGUACUUUGUUUA